AUGACGGCUGGGUUCCGUUCAUCUGAGCCGUGUGCUGUUGUCAUCUGUGGGGUGGUUCGGUUUGUGUUGCCGACGGCCAUUCGGGUCAGGGACGGUGGACUAGUGGUGGGGGGGUGGGAGGGGGCUAGGUCUGAGCCCAGCACGGGAGGAAAGGUGCCGUGGGGAGGAGGGGAAGCAACCACCUGGAACAGCCUCAUGAUCCAUGGGCCGGCAUCCGUCUACUUCUUACGCCAGGCCCUUGCCCGGCAGAGGACAGAAUGGGGCACCCCUGUGGGAGGAUAG